UUGGACAUUCAAAGACACGGGAAAGCAGUUUUGUUGUAUAGCAAUGUGCCAUCACAAGUCAAAAAGUCAAUCAAAAGUAUGAAAUCAGUAGUCAAUAUAUUUUUUUUCCCCUUAAUUCUAUGGUGCUUAAGUAGUCUCCAACUUGAGAGAGUUCUUUUCUGAGUAGCGAGGAGCCAUAAGAAAAUGGAAAAGAAGCAGCAGAAGAAGAUCAUGGAGCAAGAGUUCAAGGGCCAAACGAGGUUACCCAAAUUUGCAAUCCCAAAAAGUUACAAUCUUUACCUUCAACCUGACCUCUUCGCCUGCAACUUCUCUGGUACUGUAGAAAUCAGGCUCACCAUCACUGAACCCUCAAGCUUUAUGGUUUUGAAUUCCCUUGAACUCAAAAUUCAUGAAGCUUCCUUCACCAGUGAGUCUAAUAACCAGAAGUACCUUCCAUUUGAUGUUCUGGUGGAUGAUGAAGAUGAGAUACUUGUGUUGCCCUUCGACGUACCGAUUUCAGUUGGCGAUGGUGUCCUUAAGAUUGACUUCUCUGGGUCGCUUAACGAGCAUCUGAGAGGGUUUUACAGAUGCACUUAUUUGGAUGGAGAAACAAAGAAGAACAUGGUGGCAACCCAGUUCGAAGCUGUGGAUGCUAGGAGGUGUUUCCCAUGCUGGGAUGAACCUGCUCUUAAGGCAACUUUCAGGGUAGCCAUAGACGCUCCAGUGGAGCUAACAGCAUUGUCAAACAUGCCGGUUGCUGAUGAAACGAUUCAUGGGAAUAUCAAGACAGUUACUUUUCAGGAAUCUCCCCUCAUGUCAACUUAUUUAGUAGCCGUUGUCCUUGGUGUAUUUGAUCAUGUUGAACAGACAACCUCAGAUGGGAUUAAGGUUCGCGUAUAUUGCCCUAAAGGGAAAAGAGAUGAAGGGACAUAUGCUCUUAGCCUUGCUGUGAAGUCGCUUGAUCUGUUUAGUCAAUACUUCUCAAUGGCAUAUCCACUUCCCAAGCUUGAUAUGGUUGCUGUCCCUGAGUUUUCUGGUGGAGCUAUGGAGAACAAUGGUCUCAUAAUCUUUCGCGAGAACGAGUUACUUCAGAAUGACCUGAUAUCUUCAGCUUCCAGGAAGCAAAGGUUGGCAAUUGUUAUGGCACAUGAAGUAGCACACCAUUGGUUUGGCAAUCUGGUUACAAUGGAAUGGUGGACUCAUUUAUGGCUUAAUGAAGGCUUUGCAACCUGGAUAAGUUACCUAGCAACAGACAUUAUGUUUCCGGAAUGGAAAAUAUGGGCUCAGUUUCUUCAAAUGGUCACGAGUGGCCUACGGAUUGAUGCACUUCAAGGAUCACAUCCAAUUGAGAUAGAGGUGAAGUAUGCUCGGUUGGUGAACGAAACCUUCGACGAUGUCUGCUACAAAAAGGGUUCUUCUGUUGUCAGAAUGCUGCAGGGCUAUCUUGGAGAUGCCAUUUUUCAGAAAUCCUUGAGUGCAUACAUGAAGAGAUAUGCUUGGGGAAAUGCCAAGACAGAAGAUUUGUGGAGUGUUCUGUCAGAAGUGUCAGGUGUUCGGGUAAACUCGAUGAUGGACAGUUGGACAAAGCAGAAAGGAUAUCCAGUCAUCUCUGUCAAACUUAAAGAUCAGUUCUUGGAAUUUGAACAGGCUCAAUUCUUAUCAUCGGGGCAAGCUUCCAAUGCUGCUAACUGGAUAGUUCCAAUCACCUUGAUCCUUGGAUCUUACAAGAGAAGGAAGACAUUCUUGUUGGAAACAGAAGUUGGAAGGUUUCACCUGUCUGAUCUUGAUCAGUCCUCCAAUGGAGAUCCAAUCUCAUUUGGUGAAGAUCUAUGGAUCAAAGUUAACGUCGAGCAAAGUGGGUUCUACAGAGUGAAAUAUGAAAACAAACUGUCAGCAAGGCUGAAGAAGGCUGUAGUGGACAAUCAGUUAUCAGCAACAGAUAAAUUUGGAAUUCUGGAUGACGUAUUUGCUCUUUGUGAAUCUUGUGAACUUCCAUUAUCAAAUUUGCUGUCCCUCAUGGAUGUGUACAGAAAGGAGCUUGACUAUGCCCUUCUGUCAAGACUCAUGGAUAUAUGUUACAGCAUUCUAGAGGUCUCCACAGAUGCCAUCCCGGGUUCAGUCAAUGAUCUGAAAGCAUUCUUCAUCAGUCUCCUCCAAUUCUCUGCAGGGAAACUGGGGUGGGAAUCAGUUCCAGGCGAGAGCCAUUUGGAUGCUCUUCUGAGGGGAGAAAUUCUCCUUACAUUGGCUGUUCUAGGACAUGAUGGAACCAUCAACAAGGCAAUGAACCGAUUCGAGGCUUUCUUAAAUGACAGAAACACACCCUUCCUUUCAGCUGACACAAGAAAGGCUGCAUAUGUUGCUGCAAUGAGGAAUUCGAACAGCACGAACACAAAGAGAGACGGGUUCGAGUCAUUGCUGAAGAUCUAUAGAGAAUCUGAUGCAGUCCAAGAGAAAGAACGUGUCUUGCGCUGCAUAGCGACUUCAUCAGAUCCAGAAGUCGUCGAAGAUGCCCUCAACCUGUUAGUGUCUGAUGCAGUAAGAGAUCAAGAUAUAGUCUAUGGAUUGGCUGGAAUAAGCCUAGAAGGCCGUGAAAUGGCAUGGAGAUGGCUGAAGGAGAAGUGGAGCUUCAUCUUGAACAAGUAUGGUGAUGGAUUGUUGAUCACGCAUUUUGUCAGAGACAUAAUCUCACCUUUUUGCAGCCACGAAAAGGCCGACGAGAUCGAGACAUUCUUCACAGAGCACGGGACAGGAGCGAUCGAAAUGAAUUUGAAGCAGAGCAUAGAGAAAGUGAGAAUCAAAGCCAGGUGGGCUGAGAGCAUUGUGAAGCAAGAAAGCUCCAUUGAAGAACUUGUCCAACAACUUACCUACAGCAACAAGUAAACUAUAAUAUACAAUAAUAAUGUGGGGGGAGAGGUUGGUCAUUUUGGUUUGGUUAUUAAGUUAGCCUUGAAUUUAUAAACGUUUUGGUGACACAUUAUUAUUAUUGUUAUUGUAUGGUCAAAAGCAAAACAUGGAAACUGUGUGGAAAAAAGGUUGUCUCCAACCUGGUUUUGAUGGGAACACUGUUGUAAUUGAUUGCAAGGCAAGUCAUUGGCUGGGUUGGGUUAGAAUCAAAACCAACCAUAUUUCCAUGUGUAUUGUAUAUUAUUUUUCAAUUUUAAUUAAGACUUUGUAGCUUUUCAUGGUUAAGACAUCCUUCCAUGUUCUUAGCCACCUUCUUUGGUCUGGAUUUGAUUAAUUUGGUUAAUCAAUUAGAUGAUUGCAU